UAGAUAUCAUAUAUUUUACAUCAAAAAAUUGUGGAGGGUUCGGGCGUCCUAAAAUGUGUUAAACCUCUUCGACAACUUCAAAUAACUUGAGUGAGCUACAAGAGACCCGCUAUAGUUGUCUUGGAAAACAUUUAAUAAUUAAUGUCUCCACAACAAAUUGAAGUCUUUGGGGCCCCCCUUUGCGUUUCUGUUUGGACAAGAAUAGCCAGAAUGAAACGAGGUAAAAUAAUGUUAUGAUUUUAUGUAUUAAAUACUUAUUUAUAUUACAUAACCCAAUGUAAAUAUCAAACAUUUCUACGUGUUUUCAUUCGAACGAUAUCGGCUGGAAUUGUGGAGCGACGAAGUGUGACUGUGACAUCAUAGAUGCUUCCAUGCAAGCGUGAAGAGAGAUUUGUUUGAGCUGCUUUUAGAGUUUUCGAUAGAUUUCAAUCGCACAUUUUUGCUUUUUAAAAUCUCCGUUUACUCUUUGCGUCGCAAUGAUGAUUCAGUCAAGGAUUUCAAAUAUACCCUUUUUGGAUGGAGCAAACGACAUGUUCACAACAACGAACAAGAGCCACUUUAAACCAUUUGACAACACCGCCAUUCAGAAAAGAAAUGUUAUACUUCGGCCUGUCUCAACACUUUUACAACGAGGAGACAACAAUUACCAGAGAAAGCACCAGACAGAGACAGCGUCGUCCUUCACAUCCCAUCCACGAACCGUCACACUACCAACGAUGACCCACCGCACGAUGCAGAGAACCAACUUUAAAAUGCAUUCUGAGAAAAGGUGUGGAGACUUUGAGACCAACGUUACCCAUGCAGACUUCAAGCCCUUACCGAUGUCUGCAGCCAAAAUAAUUCGUCCCACCACCUCAGUCAGGAUAAGUCUCCCGGGGAGCAAAUUUCCUGAAACUACUCACAGAUCCAGUUACACCAAACAUGAGGUGUCAUCAGACCGCAGGGCAAAGGAAACAGUGAACACAGGUGUCGGGUCAACUCUGAAAGAGAACAAAAAGGAUGAAUUCAGUUCCAGUUAUCAUGAGCAGUUCCAGUACAGAUGGUGUCCUCCUCCACUUCUGUCUGCAGAAAAGCAAAGGAUUCAGAUUUCAUCUGUAGCGAUGGGAGACCGAGAACAGAAGCUGGGCAAACAAACAACAUAUUCCAGCUCUUUCAGUCAAUCAGGUGCCCACAGCUAUGCUAGGGAAUGUCUGCUUCCCAAGAUAAAUAAAUCCCGGCCCAUCAACCUCCGGGAACAUGCUGAUGAAAAAUGGAUAACAACAUCAUCUGAGGAAUUUCGUGCACACAAAUGUGGCCCUAUUCACCUUGAGCGCCGAGACCCGAACCUCAGCUCUGUGUUCAAAGGAGAGAUACUUGAGGGCAACCAGGAGAGACUGUCAACAACAAACCAGUGCUACUUCCCAAAGAUAGACCGCACUCAGUUCCCAGAGCAUGUGGAUGGAUCUGGUAUCAGGACUUUAAGCAAUGUAAAAUUUGGGCAGCCUGAUCUGGCUGGAUGUUUCUACAGUACGACAUCACAGGAGCAGUUCCCAUCAAAAGAAGUGGACCGUCCCAAACCACCCAUCUACCCACCUAGCUAUGUGCUGCGUGAGCAAGAGCCAGAUCAGAUGCUUUCAACUAUGCAACAAGAUUUUGUCCCCCUGAACUCUAGAAGACAGGAACUGAGCCCUAUCCAGCUUCAGCAGGUUAAAAACUGUCAUAUCAGGCCCUGGCACAGCAAACAAGACUUCAGGACAACCCACAAUGAAGCUUUUGUGCCCAAGCCCUACUGCAAGGCAUCCCUGGACAACCCACCCCUACAACACAUCAGCCAUAUGCCAUUUUAAGUUGAAAAACUUCAUUUCAAAUGUAUAGUUUAUUCAAGUCUUAGCACAGGACAAUGAAUCGCAGUUGACAAAAUCCAGCUCAACUCCAUCAUAAAAUAAAAGCAAAUAGAAACU